UUAACCAAGGAGCCGAAAAUACCACCGGAAGCGUGACCAGUAAUUAGCUGAACUUUUCCUUCUCUCUCACCUUUUUUUUUCUUUUCCACUUUGCCAAUUAAAGUCAGCGGUAUUAUCGGUAUAAUUAUUAGUUUACCGUCGCUUUUAUUUUAUUUUUUUCUGAACCGCUGUUCUUUUUUUUCCCCCCCUUGUUUCUUUUUUUUUCCCCAGUCGUGAGGAUGAGGAAUCUGUUGUUGUUGUUGUUCCUCGUUGGGCUGACUACUGGAGUCUUCAGUCGUAAAUUCUAUAGCUUUUCCCCGGCCAAGACAACCAAUGACGAUGGCUCGUAUGACUUGUAUAUAGAAGACCAAGCAUCAGGGGACCUCCCUGUUGAUGAUGAAGAUGGGGAUGAUGAUGGGUCUGGCUCUGGCUCUGGAGAUGGGUCUCUGGAUGAAGAGGAAGUAAUCAGAAAGUUCUUCAACUUUUCUGGAAAUUCCUUCUCCAAAGAAAUGCAGCCGCUCCAACCUCAGCCAACAGCAGUCUCCACGGAAACCACGGUGUCAGGCAGCCAGAGUACAGCACUGUCAACAGAGGGCAGGAGUCAAGAGAUGCUGGACACAAGCCCUACAUCAAGCAGCAUAUUGGACAUGUCCAGUCCCAGCACCGUAGCUCCUUUUGAAACCGAGGCUCCUUUUGAAACCGAGGCUCCUUUUGAAACCAAAGCCCCUGAGUACAGCAGCGCCGUAACCCCCUAUGCUGAUGACGAAAGAGAUCAGGAUGCUUGGGAGAUUACACCAGAAGACGUAGAGCUGAAUGAAGUAGUUGAAAAAGAAGUUAUUGCCAGGGGAGGUAAUGGCAACAGACUUCAAAAGGCUGGCACUCCAGAGGAGGUGACCUCUGAGAACUUGUGGGAGAGGACAGAUGUUCUGGCAGCUGUGAUAGCAUGCGGAGUGGUGGGCUUCCUCUUUGCCGUUUUCCUUCUUCUCCUCCUCGCUUACCGCAUGAAGAAGAAGGAUGAAGGAAGCUAUGACCUGGGAGACACCAAACUUUCUGCAACAGCAUAUCACAAAGCGCCCACCAAGGAGUUCUACGCCUGAACUGACCAGCAGAGAGACUCUGUAGCAGGAUUUUUCUUCUGCCAAUCAGGAUAGAAAAUGGAUCUAAACAACUGCAUAAGAUUCCUUUUGAUGAAGUUUGAAGUAAUUUUUCAUCAUUCCCGCCUUUGUCUUCUGCCACCUUUUUAUCUUUUGCUCUACAUAAUGUUUAGCUUUUGUGCAGAAAGAGUCAUAAUGAAACAAAACAAGACAGCUAUAAAGUAUCCGUGUCAUUUCCUGUCAGGGAAAGACAUUUUCUGCAUUAUAUUAAAGGAAUCUUUUCUCUAUUGUCACAAUGUAUCGAAGCUGUCGUAGUGCUUGUAAAGGUGCAAACUGUAACCUCUGAUAACACUGUGCCUUUAGACCCACUAAAUAUUUCAAAGUUGAACCACACUGAAAUUGAUUAUUCCUUUUUAAAGGAUCUGCAGCUAAAGAGACCGUCUCAACAGCUUAGAUGUUUGACAGUAACAUGAAUGGGUCACCUGUAAUGUUUUAGUGGGGUGCUUUUGCUAUGAAUGGUACUAGAUACAGGAGUAUUAUUAUGAAGGGCCUUAUAAAGCUGAAUCCAUUUUCUCUGUGAGGUCAUGUUUGCUCUGCCUGUUAACAGCUGCGUGUGUUACAUUUCAUUUUGUCAUCUGCGUUUUGUUUUGUUUUUUUGCUGUAAUGAAUACAAGUGUGCAACAAGUGUUUUCAUAUGCUGUCUAAUAUUGCUAGGGGAGAUUUUUGUUACUCGGCAGGUACAAAUGUGUGUUUUCUCAGAUAUUUGAUACUUCUAGAACUGACCAAAUAUAAAUGUGCUUUAUUUGUGUAAUGAAAAUAAUUUGCAUAGCUUUUUAAAGGUGUUUUUGAUGUUUUGAGAUUACAUUUCAUUAAGCCAGAUUUAAUGAAAUUGCUGUUGUGUGGCUGCGUCUGUAGGCUUGGUGAAAGUACCUCAGGCACGCACCUUAACAUUAGUAAUAUUUUCAGGAUUAUUUUAUUUGGUGACUGCUUUCUGCAGGCACAUGGAACAGGUGAAGCCAAAGCUAAUGACUAUAAUUCAGAACCCGAAGAAGUGACCAGUGUUUUCUGGCCAAAGCCAAAGCACAUUCCAUUCAGACCGUCUACUGCACACAGCUGUAAUAGUGGGUUUGAAGUAAAAGGGACAGCGAUGGCAUUUAGUUUUUCUUACAAUGCACAGUGUCAGUUUACGCAGCGGGGUUAAAAAUGCAGUCAGUGACGACCAGAAUUUUCUGUUUAAUCAUUUAGUCUUUGUGUAAAUAGAUUUUAAAGAAGUACUCCCUGGUUUUCAGACGUUACCUCAAACAUCCAUAAGAAUUGGGGGUGCUGCAGGAUGUAGAAGACAUUCAGUAGCAGUGACAAAAGGGUGGCAUUCCCCUUUUAAAAGCAUACAAACACCCUGCUGAAGAUAUAUUUUGAUAAUAGAUUUUAGAAAUUUGCCGUGUGUGGAUUUUACCUAGCUGCCUAUUGCCUAUAACAUGUCAGAAAGGACUGUUUUACAACUGGUGCUUCUUACUGAGGCAGAAUUUCUUUAUUUUUGCAAAGCUCACUACCAUUUUUAAAUUGGCAUUGGUUAUCAGCAUGACCGAAUAUAGCAGUAGAGUAAAGAAUGAAAGUUAUAAAUUAUCACCUCAAAACUUUUAUUUCAACCCUUUACAUAGUUUUAUCAAAAACGUUGUCAAAGUUCGUCAGUGAUUUUUUAUUUUUGUUUUUU